UAUCCUCUGAUUACAAACAUACAUACUUUGUCAUCGUCGAGUGUCAAAUCUAUAUCUGACUUUCCUAGAGGUAAUGCUUGUGGUGUAAUAACUGACUAUUAUGUUACUGAUUGGGUAACAGGGAAGCAUCUUAAUUCAGUGUAUGUUGUCCAAGAUGGAUUGGUGACUGUGACUGUGACUGACUUGGAAGUAGGACGUGAGUAUGAUGUUGUGUUGUAUCUACACUCGAAAUCAGUGGGGAGAAGAGAGACGAGGAGCUCGUGUGUUGUUUCAAGUAGAUGAGGAUAUAAAUUCAACUGCAGGAUUUAGUCCUCAUAGUUCGAAUGAUGGUUUGGGCUUUGGUCAAACUGUAGCCAUUAUUGUUAUGUGUGUGGUCGUAUUACCAGCCAUUCUACUCGCUUUCAUAUUUUGUCUCUACAAGAAACACAGAUCAAGAAAGGAUGACAACGAUGAUGACACCCUUGAUUUUGUGCCUGGAAUAUUCAAGCGAACAACAACUCCACAAUACGGAUACGACGAAUGCGAUACAAAACCUCAUCCUGGUCCUAAUAGUGGCAGCACGUAUGUUAAUAUUUCUGGAUCUAAGAGAAGAAUUUGACAGCCUUCUCUAACCUUGUUGACCUUGCCUGGAGAACGUGAAGUUAAGAGUUAGCAGUUUGCCUCUACAGAAAGUUGAUAUUUCGUCAUCAGAUUAUUGUGAGAAGACUAUGGAAGAGCUGCUGCAAGAAUCAUAUGUUGAUAUGAAGGCUCGAACAAGUGACAUUGUAUC